AUGGCAACAGAUGCGUCAGUGAUAACACCAGUAUUUGAUUUAAGUGAAGUAAACAAUGAACCAAGAGUAUGCAUAAAAGGUGUUAUAGGCUCAGUCAAUAUGGCUGGUAGUGACAAACAUUUACUUUAUUUUCAACAGGAUCGAAUUUCGGUUUUAAAUGAAAAUGGUGAAAAACAAGUAACUAUUGAUUUUUGUUCAAACAUAAAAGAUGUAUGCUGGUCAUCAUACUUAAAUCAAUUUAUAAUUUUAUGCUAUGAUACAGUGUGUUUGUUAGAUAUAGUUGGUAAGAGUAGAUUAACUGGAUAUGAACUCAGUAGAGGUAUGAGCAGCUGUACGUGUUUUGAGGAAGUAUUACUUUUAAAACCCAAAAUUGGUUCAUUUAUGGAAGAAUACAAUAUAUCUAGCUGGGAAUUAAUUCGUACACAUAAACCGCCUGUUUCCUGUAACAAGAAUCAAGAUAUACAUGCAAUUCGAUUUAAUAGUACUGGGACACAUUUAGGUUUGCUAAUAAGUUCAAAAACUUCUAAUAACAACUACGUCUUUGCAUUACAUAAUUGGAAGGAUAAUAUGAAACUUGUUCAAAUUAUCACCGAUCUUCAUCUAUCCUUUGCAAGUGGUAAUCCAAAUCUUCUGUCAUUACCUGAUCGACAAUUUUUGGUGUAUUCAAAUCAUGAUUCACAUGAAAUACAUUCAAUUAAUGAUUCAACCGGAUAA